AUGACCGGGCAUGGCCGUGGCCCGUCGGACAAGGGCGCCACGCCGGACGAAACUCCGAGCAUUGACCAGGGCAACGAGGUCAAAGCGGUCAGCCAUGAAUUCAACGCAGUCAAGCGUGAAGUCAACCACGAAGUCAGCCAGAUCGACCAUGGAGUCAACCGGGAGGUGUACUUGCGGGUGGAGGUGUGCACGGACGGCGAGACGCGCGCCCUCCUGCGCGUCAUCUCGGCGGCAUUCGGCAUCGCGUUCUGCGUGCUGGCCGUGCUCCUGGCAUUCAAGAUCACGGACCACCUGGAGACCGUGGAUGCAAUUCGCCCUUUGCUGUGGAUAAAUGCGUGCCUGGCGGGAACGCAAUCGGCGGUGCUCGGGAUUGGAUUGGCGCUGCUGGGCGCCCGCGUUUGGAUCGCGAGGAGGGGCGGCGGGGUGUGGACGCGGAGGAGGGCGCGGGCAACGGGGCUGGCGGCAUUCGAGGCGUGCGCGAUGCUGGCGUGCAGCGCGGCGUACGCCGUGCCGAACGUGCACGCGCUGAGCGGGCGGUGUCGGUACUUCGACGACGUGGUGGUGUGGUGCCUUGUGGUCAGGCACUUCUGCUGGGUCACCAUCUUUGCAUCGUUCUCAGUAAGGGUGAAGAUGACCCUUCUGUGGGAUGGCGGCAAGGCUGAUGGCAUUCUGCUGGACAACCCGCGCCCCAUGGUCCUGCUCAACCUGUCCAUCUUUAUCUACUGGGCCACCUACGUUACUACGAACUUCACACUGGGCAGGGACCUUGACAACGAGGACGAGAGACUGACUCUUGAGUGCCUUGCAGGAAGCAAUCCAUGUGGCAAUGAGAGAAGGGGAAUAACCACACAGGCCAUCAUGAUCUGGGCCUUUCCCAUCUUCUUCAUGGUGUAUGCAGGCAGGGGCGUCCAGGCGUUCUACCGCAAGUCGUACAAUCGCUACCGCUGGGUCUUCGUCCUCUUCCGCUACCAGUGCCAGACCAUCGGGAUGGUCUUCGCCUUCACGCUCGUCGCCAUCACCAUCUUCAGCGUGCAGGACAGCUCCACGUGCACGCACUACGCCAUCGCCAAGUUUGGCAAUGCGCCGGGCCAGAUCGCCGUCAGCGUGUUGGCGAUGGUCAACAUGCUGUUGUUCAUGCCCGCGUCUGCGAGGAAAAGGGCCAGGCCCAGGCACGGCAUUGCGGGGUCGGCGGACGGCGCGCUGGUGUGGAGCGAGGCGGCGUGCAUGGAGGCCAAGCGGCGCGGGGGUGAGGGGCGCGGCGAUUGGGAGCCUGCGUUCUGCUUCGAGACGGCCGUGAAGUUGUACUACUGGAGCAUCCUGCCCUAUAGGUAUGACCCCAAGACGGGCAAGGACGACGGCUUUAGUAAGGACCUGGCAAUGGAGCUGUACGGAUUUGAGAAUUUGGAAUACGUGGGCAGUGACAGGAUGGACAUGCACUGCUUCGUGGGCUGGAAACCUGGCCUGUUGCUGGUGACAUUUCGUGGCACCAAAUCCGCAAAGAAUCUCCUUGCUGAUGCUAAUGUGCUGCGGGUGCCCCACCCACCCCUAAGGGGCAGCCCCUACCUUGGCACACGACCCAUGGUGCACAAGGGCUUCCUCAAAUGCUGGAUGUUUGACAGCUUUCGUGAGGCUGUGCUGACCAAGGUUAGGGGCCUCAUCGAUCGGGCUGGUCCAGAGCCGUUGGUAAUCGUGACAGGGCACUCGCUGGGCGGGGCGGUUGCGAUGUUGGCAGCUUUCGACCUGAGGCGGGAGCUGAACGUGCCAAGGUGCCGGCUGCUGUGCUACACCUAUGGGGCGCCAAGGGUGGGCAACAGCGUUUUCGUAGCCGAAUUCCAGCAGGAAGUUCCAGAUUUCUGGCAGGUCAUGAACAACAUGGAUGCAAUCACGGACGUACCAAAGUUUAUGAUCCUGUACAAGCACACAAGCAACAAGGUUUUGAUCAACCCAGAUGGGCGUCUGAUCGUGCGUCCACUGAUGAGCGAGAGCCGGCUGCUGGCUAUGGGCAGGCGGCACACCAUCGCGGACCACAUGCUGCCCAACUACCGAAAGUCCUUUGCAGCAGUUGUCCGAUCCCAAUUUAUCAAGCACCGGUAG